GUUUUUUCCAUAAGUAUGUGUAUAUGUGUAAAUGUAGGUCUAAAUAUUUGUGCCAGUUAGUAACUACCAGCGAAAUAUUUUAUAGCAUACUAGAAUGAUGGCGGCUGCAACACCUACAAAUGUCUCUGCUACUUGGAAGCAGGAAUUGUCAGAUUCCGAGCGCCAACAGGCUGUACAAACACUUCAGGAUGUGAUUAAGAGAAUGGUGCCCAGCGAAGGAGAUGUCGAUGAGACAAAGACAGAACACACCCUCGGAUUGAGUUGGGAAGAUGCUAUAUACAACCAGGCAGAAAGCAAGGACCAUUACAAUCAGCUUAUCACGGAAACUGUUGCAAACGGCCAAGUUUUGUUGGCUCAAGGUAUCAAAGAAGAGAAUCAAGCUUCAGCUCAGACUUCAAAACCAAGCGAUCCUGAUACAGUGCUAGAGACAAAAGAGGGUACACUUGGGGAGGUUGCUAUGCCUGCUCCACCAGCGCCGAAGAAGAUGUACAUGAGGCUCGAGAUUGCAGAGGGACAAACAUUCACUCGUGAGCAAAGUAUAGAGAUCCUGAAGCAGCUCAAAUUCAGGAAUAUGCUUUCGGUUGAAUUAUGCGCGCAAUUACAUACGGAUUUAACUGAUCUGGAUGGGAAGAGGGAGGAGAUGGAUGUCAAAGAGUACGAAACUAAAAUGACAAGUAUUGUGCAGAAUGCACUCAAGGCCUCAUCGACUCACUAAAAGGACCGUAAUGGCAUCUAGUUAUUAUAUGAAAGCAGUUCUGCUUUAAAGGAAUCAAACCGUCAUGCCUUUUAGAGGACUCCCGUUAGAGGCUGAUGAGAGAUUAGCUGGUACCCCCAAAGCAGAAAUAUGACCACUGAGAAACAAGCUCAUGACAGUUUGAAAAAAGAUUCGCUUGUGCUCUCGACUCUUGGAGGACAACUAUGACGCACACUUUAGUUCUAAUGACACUGAAGGCGAACCAAAUUCAUGCUUUCGGAGGGUACAUUAUGCCGAAAUUCUUUAAACUUAAACUGAACUAGUAUGCAUAAGUUCACACAUCAAUCCAGAGUAUUCUAAAUAUAUAUCUAAGCG